AUGUUUCGGAAGAUCGCAAAGAUCGGAAGAAAAGGAAGCGACCAACGACGCGACUCACUGAAAUCAAAUCAGGCAGGCGACGAUGGCAGCGACGCCGUGACCCUCGCCGAGACCGCGGAAACCGUUUCACGAACAUCGACCCGUAGCGACAGCUUCCGGCUCCCAUCAUCCUCGCUGGAUAUCGCCCAGUCACGGAGGCCCAGCGUGAAUGAUCCCGGGCAGCUCGGCCUGAACGUCGUCUACUGCCCCAAUAAUGGCCACAAGGCGAACAUCGUCUUUGUGCAUGGACUUGGGGGUACCAGCAGGAAGACAUGGUCCAAGCACGCGGACCCGGAGCUGUUCUGGCCAUUGACCUUUUUGCCCCUCGAACCGGACUUGUGCCUCGCUCGGAUCCUGACGUUCGGGUACAAUGCCGACUUCCGUAAAGCCGGCAAUCUCAACACUUCAGUGUUGGAUUUCGCCAAGGACCUGUUGUUCGAUCUCAAGUACGCCAGGGACGAGCAAGGCGACGCGCUAGACAUGGAGAAAGUGCCUUUGAUAUUCGUUGUACACAGCAUGGGAGGGCUCAUCACCAAGGAGGUUCGUAAUGAGCUCACCCUUGUCAAGACAAACACUUUACACAAACAAGCUGACGAGAAAAAGGCGUACAUACAAGGACAAAAUGAUCCCGAGUACAAAGCCAUUGUUAAAGCCAUCAGCGCCGUCAUUUUCCUUGCAACACCGCAUCGUGGCACGAAUCUGGCACAGACGCUGAAUCGCAUCCUGCAAUCAACUUUCACAACCAACCCGAAGCAGUACAUAGCGGAGCUGGCUAAGAACUCUUUCGCAUUACAAAAGUUGAAUGAACAAUUUCGACAUAUUGCGCCCAGGCUCGAUAUCGUCUCGUUCUAUGAAACGCAGCCAACUCCCAUAGGAAUCAAGGCGAAUCGCAUCAUGGUCCUAGAGAAAGACUCUUCUGUUCUGGGAUACCCAGGCGAGACGUCCAAGGCUUUGAAUGCAGAUCACCACGGCAUUUGCAAGUAUGAUAGCCCAGUGGAUCCCAACUACAUCACGGUUCGAAACGUACUUAGGUCGCUAGUGAGCAAGAUCAUUUCCAACAGGUUCACGCGAGGAUCAGAAAGUGCGACUGUCGCAGCGAACAGACGGGCAUCGCUCGAUCUAAGAGCGCUGCUUGCCAUAACAGAGUUGCCGAGCACGGACUACGCUUUCUUUCAGGACCAGUGGGUGGAAGGAACUGGCGACUGGAUCACGCAAGACGAUACCUAUCUCGAGUGGUUCCGUAAUAACGAUCCGGCACCACAUAUCCUUUGGCUGAAUGGUGGCCCAGCAUCUGGGAAGUCAGUGUUGUCAUCUGUCAUCAUCAAUUCCCUUGUUGGCGAGGAGGCCGAGGUUUAUUGCCAGUACUUCUACAUUCGGUUUGGUGACAGAAAGAAACGCACCCUCAGCCUGCUUCUUCGCUCAUUGGCAUAUCAGAUGUCGCUCAACAUUCCUGGGUUCCAGGAGAAGGUCGUGGAGUUCACAGACGAAGCCGUGAACUUCGAAAGUGCCGACUCGAGAAUGGUGUGGGACUGCAUCAAAUCUGUGCUGUCCUGCAUUGAAGCGCCAAGGCCCAUUGUGUGGAUCAUCGAUGGACUCGACGAGGCUGAGAACCCCCGAACUUUGCUCAAGUACCUGACUGAUUUGUCUUCACUCCCUCUACCAAUUCGCAUCCUCCUGGUCAGUCGAAUCACGGAUGAUAUAGAUACAGCCAUUCAAAAGAUCGGAUCAUCACUGCGCACAACUUCCAUUCAUAUCGAGGGUCAUGCAGAGGACCUUCGAUCAUACAUGGUUCAGGAGCUCAAUAAGAUUGGAGACGCGGAGUUUACUGAGCGGCUGAUAGAAAGAGUAAUCCAAGGUGCACAGAACAAUUUUCUGUGGGUGCGCUUGGCUGUCGAGAGAUUGAACAAGUGCUACGUCAUUCCCGAUGUCGAGCGCACGCUCCAGGAAUUGCCCGUCGGCAUGAAAGCGCUGUACGACCGCAUGACAGCGUCGAUCAUGGACCAGACACCGGCAGACAGAGAGCUGACGAGUACCAUACUGCGAUUUGUCACAUGCUCAGUGCGUGUGCUGACAGUCGUCGAACUCUCACAAGCGUUGGACAAAGACGAUGUGUUGGACAUACAACGACUGAUCGUGGAUCUGUGCGGCGGCUUUGUGGUUGUUGACAACAGCGGAAACGUGGCUCUCGUCCAUCAUACCGCUCGCGAAUACUUGCUGGACGACAGUGGCGAGCGGCCGUUCUACGUGGAGCGCGAUCUGGCCCAUCGACUGAUCUUCCUGAGUUGUAUGCGCUGUCUCAUGGCGACCGGGCUGCGAGGAAAGAUUGCCCGGGACAAGAUUCCAGAGUUCUUGGAUUAUGCGGUCAUGGCUUGGACGACUCACCUGGUCGGUGCCCCGAUAGAUUGCAGAGAGACUGCAGAUACACUCCGAAAGUUUCUUGGGGGACCUUGGGUGUUGACGUGGGUUUACCUCCUUGCAUCAACGCAGCGUCUGGAUCUGCUAGUGCGAACCUCGAAGCACCUCGCCCUGUAUGCAACCAAUCGCCGCUCCCACGACGAGACUGACCCAACCGCGAGCCAUCAGCAUAUCAAAGAGGUGGAGCUGUUUGAGUGCUGGUCGGUGGAUCUGGUGAGACUGGCCGGCAAGUUCGGGAGGAACCUGCGGCGGCUCCCCAUGUCUAUAUACAAGGUUAUACCAGCCUUUUGCCCUCAUAACUCUGCCAUAUAUCAACAGUUUGGCAGAGCCGAGGCUAGGUCUCUCAGCGUUUCCGGACUAUCAUCAGAUAACUGGGAUGACUCGCUGGGUCGACUUUCGUUUGGAUUCAGCACCUAUGCUGCAUUCAUUCUAGCGGCAGGACCAUACGUCUUUAUUCUUGUCGCAUCUGGGCUAGUAUUCAUCUACGACUCUGCAACCCUGGACUAUCACACUACCAGCCCCAUCAAGCAUGGCGAGCGCCUCUAUAGGAUGGAGGUCAACAACAAAGCCACGACACUCGUGACAUAUGGAUACCGCACGACUAAGGUUUGGGACGUUGCUACAGGGACUUGCACACUCUCGGUACCAAAUGUCGAGAUCGGGCUUCGUCCACUAGUUCUGCUCCUCAAGGGCAACACUCUUCUCGUGGGCACUGAUGACAGGAGAGUGCGAUCGUUGAUUAUCGACCAGCCUUCUCCGACCUGGAAUGUCGUUGCUGAACUGGAGGAGCCAGAGCUUGAAGGGCAGUACCUAAACGCUGCCAAUCAUAUGGCUUUGAGCAAGGAUGGGAGCUUGAUAUCAGUUGCAUACCGCGGUCAUCCACUCUCCGCUUGGGAAACAGAUGGGCCUAUGCAUAUUGGACACCUUUAUAGAAAGGAUGCAGACUACAGAGGCGAGGUAAUCGAAGCUGUCUGGCACCCACGCGAACCACAGGUCUACGGAAUUUACACCACAGGGCAGAUCUUCCAAUGGUCCCCCUACGAGAACGAGGUGGAGGAGAAGUCUGUUGGGGCCAACAGGCUGACCAUGAGUCGCGAUGGGCAUCUGCUCGCGACCGGUGAUGCACGUGGGACCAUCAAGGUGUUCACGACCUCUACCCUCACUCACAUCUAUCACGUUGCCUCUCAGGAUGUCGUUCUCGGAUUGACAUUCAGCCCCGACCUUCGCCGGCUCUACGACAUUCGAGGCUUUUACGGAAAUGUUUGGGGCCCUAACGCUCUGUUAAAAUACGCAGAGCCGACUGGACGAGGAUCUGAUGUUGAGAGCGACAUGGAGAGCCUUGCUCAGAGUUCUACAGUUUCCGAGACUACCGUGAAAUGGAUCGAUCCUGUGACCGCCCUUGCGACCUCGCCAGCUGGCCGCUUGUAUGCGUAUGGCACCGAGAAGGGCAUCCUAUCGAUCCAUGAUAGCUCUCGGGGAAAGAUCACAGAGAUACAAAUGUCGAGAAAUUUCUUUGGCAUUGAUCAGGUUACUUGGAGCCCGGAUGGGCAGCUGCUGUGCUUUUCCGACACCAGCAAAAAGGUCUUUAUCGUCUCAGUGCAAUCAAUUACGGGUCAGAGCGAUCCGUCCAUCGGAACGCCAACAGCAGUGCCCAUCCAGGCCGGCCCGAAAGGAUCCAUCUUGCAGCUAGUCUUCCACCCGAAGUCGAGUAGCAUUCUGGUCCACACCGAGUCGAUGCUACAUACCAUCUCGGUCGAAACAUCCUCUGUGACCAAGACUGCAAAGAUGUCAAAGCCUAAAUGCCGAUGGAUCGUACAUCCUCGAGACCCGACACUCGUCCUAGGAUUGGGCCCGACUACUGCUCAUGUGCUGGACUGGGACCUGACUGAGUUCCAAUCAUAUCGUAUUCAGUACCCAGAGCCUCAAGAUAGAAGCACAGACUUUCCUAGUGCUGCUAUACCCCCGGCCAUUGCUGAACGAGUAAUAGUUACACACGACAAGAAUCAUGUUUUGGUGCAGAUGUCUUCUCUAGACCAGGCGACCAGAGACAAGACAUUCCUUUACUUCGCCACCAGCGCCUUCAACUCGUCAUCAGGGGAGACGGCUUCCGCCGGCAACUCAGAGAGUGUGCCGCUCGGCAUCAUCACUCCAAUCAUUUUGAGCGACGAUGUGUCUUCUCAGAUCGGUCUCGUACUUGCCUUCCUACCGAGAAACCGUCUUGCAUUCCUGUCGAAGACGUUCCAGGUGUGCUUGUGGCAAGUCUCGAUACCCGGUAUGGGUGCAACAUCUGGGCCAGGACCCAGGCCUCCUCCGGGGCCUGGCUCCCAGUUGCGCAACAAGGGUCCAGGGCCCAGCCCUGCGAGCAGGAGUGUUGUCCAGAGUGGAAAUGAGGGGCCACUGGGUCGAGCACAUCCACAUUUUGGCUCCCUCGUCAUCAAGACUUGA